AUGGAGAAGAAGUCUUACUCUGUGCAAUGGCUGUCAGAGAGCAGUCACAGGAAUACCACUUACCCUAGUGUGGAUUUAUUGACAUGCAGAUCUGGUACAUCUGCCCUUCAGUAUCAUAAGGAGCUCAGUGCUCUUGAAAUGGAGCAGCCAAUCACAACAACUAUCUGCAAUGAGAAGGAAAAUCACUUUGACCACACAACAGCACUUUACCAGGUCCAAAGAACCCAGGCAGAAGCACAUGAUGUGAUCAUGUCUAGAAAGUCAUUCAAGAAAGUCUCACUUUGUAAGCCAAGUCCUGUCCCAGAGAAACAUCAGUGUUUGGACACAGACAGCGCUAAAAGCCCUGAAUCUCUUUCUGAGGAGGAGGCCACAUCCAGACCACGUACUAAAUUCACCAAAGAGCAGCUUCGAGAGUUGGAGAAGAGCUUUAAGGAGCACAGGUACAUUGGCUCCAAUGAGAAGAAGCGGCUGUCCAAGGUGCUGAAGUUAUCAGAGAACCAGAUUAAAACAUGGUUUCAAAACAGGAGGAUGAAGUUCAAGCGUCAAAGUCAAGAUGCCCAAGUAGGAGCUUUCUUUUCUGGACUGUACAUGCCUUAUUAUGGCUACUCAGAUUUUCAGACCCCGGCCGGUCCUGCACUCCCUGGACUGGCCAUGCCCCUUGCCCCUCCAGCAUCUACCCCUCAUCUCACACCACUUUCUGCUACAGUGAUUAGGCCGGGAAAUCCUUCAUCAUCCAUGCUACCUUCAAACCUUGGAUCUUACCCGUGCCCUUCAGUUCUAAUCCAUCCAUCACUUAAGGAGUCAGCUGGGCUAAGAUACUCACCAUAUUAA